AUGGGGCCCCCUGCAUGCAAAGAGCUGCCUCCUGCUGGGGCAGCGCAUGCAGCCCCAAAGCUGUUCCUGCCAAGCCGCUGCCGCAGGGCCAGUUCGACACCGCACACUCAGCAGCAGCAGCAGCAGCAGCAGCAGCAGCAGCAGCAGCAGGAACUGCAGCAGCGGGAACUGCAGCAGCAGCAGCAGCAGCAGGGUGUGCAGAGGCAUCCCAGCCCUCCACAGUGGGAAGCGCAGGCCCAGGAGCAGCAGGAGCCGUCGCCGCAGCAGCAGCAGGAACUGCAGCAGCAGCAGCAGCAGGAACUGCAGCAGCAGCAGCAGCAGGAACUGCAGCAGCAGCAGGCAAAUGCACUGCAGGCUGGUACGGAAGCCGUCUGCAAGCUACAUCCUCUAGAGCAAUUCCUGUACCCUGGGGGCCCCCCGGGGGGCCCCCAGGGGGCCCCCUUGGGGGCCCCUCAGGGGGGCCCCCCUGGGGGGCCCCCCGGGGGCCCCCCCGGGGGCCCCUGGCUUUCUUUAGUGGGCCCCGCAUGCAGCGGCUUGCCGCUGCCGCAGCAGCAGCUGUGGGGCGGCAGCUACAGAGAGUUGGUUUUUGCUGCUGCACCUGCUGCUGCGAAGAUUGAAUUAUCUGAAGCAGCAGCAGCAGCAGCAGCAAGCCAAACUCGCGGCCCUGCUGCUGCUGCUGCUGCUGCUGCUGCUGCUGCUGCUGCUGCUGGGGAAGCAGCAGUGCCUCGAGAAGUCCUUUUGGGCCUUUUAGUUGCCUUCGGAGCUUCCCAUUUGCUGCCGCUGCAGCAGCUGGCUCUCCCGCUGCUGCUGCAGCAGCAAACUGAUUUGCUGCUGGCAGCACCAGCAGCAGCAGGCAAGUCCGUUGCUGCUGCUCUCGCCCUCGUCAGCCACAUAGCCAACAACAUCAAAAGGGGCCCCCAGGGGGGCCCCCAGGGGGGCCCCCAGGGGGGCCCCCAGGGGGGCCCCCAGGGGGGCCCCCAGGGGGGCCCCCGGGGGGGCCCCCAGGGGGGCCCCCAGGGGCCCCAUUGGAGGGUGGGGGCCCUCGUGGUGACUCCCACGCGGGACAUGGCGCUGCAGACGCAGCAGCUGCUGCAGCAGCUGGGCCUUUACGCCGGCAUUCGGGUCAAAGUCCUCACUGGCAGGGGCCCCGGGGAGGGGGCCCCCCGGGGGCCCCCGGGGCCCCCCGGGCCCCCGGGGCCCCCGGGGCCCCCAGGGCCCCCGGGGCCCGGCCCCGGGGGCGGACCCGCGGGGCCCCUGAGGCCCCCGGGGCCCCCAGGGCCCCCGGGGCCCCCGGGGCCCCUGGGGGCCCCCGGGGCCCCCGGCGGCCCUGGGGGCCCUGGGGGCCCCUGGGGGCCCCGGGGGGCCCCCUGGUUGGAGUUUGAGGGUUUGGAAGUGGAGAAGCCGCACGUAGUUGUCUGUACACCCGGGAAGGCGGAGGAGUGGGCGCAGUACUUGUUGGCGUUGAGGUGUAUAGACAGCAGAAGAAGUGGAAAAAAAGAAAAGUUUGGAAAAAGAAAAGUCGAAAAUGUUUUGGAAGAAGUGCAGCUGCUGCUGGUGGAAGAUGCUGCGCUGCUGCUGCAGCAGGAACUCACGGUGGUUGCGCUCGCCAAGCUCAAGGAGCUGCUGCCCUUCAACCACAAAACCGUUUUUCUUUCCACUUCUUUAUCUUGGGGCCUCCGCAGUGCUGCCUUUCGCUUAAUGAGAGUUAAUUCUUUUUCUUUAAACUUUUUAAAUUCUUUUCCUUUAACAACAGCAAAUCAACUUCUCCAAAAACAAGAAACCACCCACUUACAAGGCCCCCACACGCUGCUCCAGGGGCCCCCCGAGGGGCCCCCAAGGGGGCCCCCUAAGGGGCCCCCCGAGGGGCCCCCAAGGGGGCCCCCAGAGGGGCCCCCAGAGGGGCCCCCAGAACUGGGCGUGCAGGGGCCCCAGGGGCCCCUAGGGGGCCCCCCUGAAGAGGCCUCACGGGCAGUUCUUGAGGGGCCCCAGAGGGAUCUUCCAGUUGUACUGGGGGCCCCUGAGGGGCCCCCCGGGGGCCCCUCCGGAGUGCACCCUGGGGGCCCCCCUGGGGGCCCCCCUGGGGGGCCCCCUGGGGGGCCCCCCAGGGAGGCUUUGUGUGGGCUAAGCUGGGACUCUGGCUCAAUUUUGGAAGUGGAGAAUCUGCAGCGUUUGUGGGGCCCCAAGCGGAGCAUUGAGUUUUUGGAAAAGAAGCAAAAAGAGGCAUUAAAGGGUUUGGAGGGUUUGGGGGCCCCCCUGCAGCAAACGGACUGCAGCAGGGGGGCCCCCCAGCAGCAAAUGGACUGCAGCAGGGGGGCCCCCCAGCUGCAGGGGCCCUGUGGGGCCCAGGGGGCCCCCCGGAGGCCCGAGGAGUUCUUGCUGUACCCUCCGGAGCUGCAUGCGCACUUUCUCUUCAACGUUAUUGCCAGAGAAGCAGCAGCAGCAGCAGCAGCAGCAGCAGCCCCAGCAGCAGCAGCAGCAGCAGCAGCAGCAGCAGAGGAGCCCUGUCGCCGCGUGCUGAUUUUCUUUAACAGCAGAAAAAGCCUCCAGUUCCACUACGCCUUCUUCAAGCAUUUUGUCUUCCCCCGAGUGCAGCAGAUCCUCAACAGCAGCAGCAGCAGCAGCAGCAGUCCCAGCAGCAGCAGCAGCAGCAGCAGCAGCAGCAGCAGCAGCAGCUUGGGGGCGUGGCCGCGGGGCGCGCCCCUGCCGCAGCUUUGGGCGCUGCACAGCGGGCUGUCUGCAGAGAAAAGACUUUUGGUGGUAAAUGACUUCAAGAGCAGCAGCAAACAGCAGCAGCAGCAGCAGCAGCAGCAGCAGCAGCAGCAGCAGCAGCAGCAGCAGCAGCUAAAAGUCCUCUUCUGCACAGAUGUUGCUGCGGUGGGCGUCCAGCUGGGGACCCCCUCGCUGGCUCUGCAGAUCGGAGCUCCCAAGGACCCCGAGCUGUACAUACAGCGCGUGUCCCGGGCGCCAAGAAACGCGCAGAAGCUGCUGGCGCUGAGUGACUUGGAUUGUCAUUUUUUGUUUUUGUGCAAAAAAGAAAAAAUAAAUUUAAAAGAAUUAAAUUAUAAAGAGGCGCUGCUGCUGCUGCAGCCCAGUUUGCUGCUGGCAGCAGCAAUUGGAGCAGCAGCAGGAACCUGCUCCUACAAAGCUGCUGCUGCCAGACGCCAAGAAGCAAACCCCGAAGCAGCAGCAGCAGCAGCAGCAGCAGCAGCAGCAGCAGCAGCAGCAGGUUCCUCGCCAGGAGCGGCAGAAGCAGCAGCAGCAGCAGCAGCAGCAGCAGGUUCGUCGCCAGGAGCGGCAGCAGCAGGAGAGGGGGAAGAGGCCCCAAGUCAGCAGCAGCAGCAGCAGCAGCAGCAGCAGCAGGCAGCAGAGGCUACCAGCAGCAGCAACAGCAGCAGCAAAGAACAAAUCAAAAGAGGCCAUUCAGACUCUAAUAGUAGGUAUUUGGGGGCCCCUUUGGGGGCCCCCAAAUACCUACUAGGGGGCCCCCAGGAGCCGUUGGGGGCCCCCUCGGGGGGCCCCCAAGACCCAUUGGGGGCCCCCCAAGACCCACUGGGGGCCCCGCAAAACCCAUUGGGGGCCCCCCAAAACCCAUUGGGGGCCCCCCAAGACCCACUGGGGGCCCCCCAAGACCCACUGGGGGCCCCCCAAGACCCACUGGGGGCCCCCCAAAACCCAUGGGGGGCCCCCCAGGGCCCCCUGGGGGGCCCCCUGGGGGGCCCCCUGGGGGGCCCCCUGGGGGCCCCCAAGACUCGAUUUGGGGGUACUGAUUGGUUUGAAGAUUUGAGUUUGGGGGCCUCUUGUGAAUUGGCCUACAGGUGGCAAGUCCCUUCUUUUAUAAACGCUCUCUUUCUUUCUUUUGGCCUCGAAGACCCUCCCGCUGUGACAAAACAAUUUGCUGCCAGACUUCAAAUACUAAAUGCCCCAGGACUAGUGGUUGAUUACAACGCGAAGCAGAAAACGCAGCUUUUGGCCUGUCUGCCAUCUUGCGCUGGUUUUCGUUCUCGUUUCGAGCAGCUUCAAAAGACAAAUAAAUCCUUUUCUGACAUUUUUGCGGAUUUCAAAUCUUCAAAAACAAAAACAAAUGCAAAAGAGGAACAAUUAGAGCCCCAAAAUGCAGAAAACGCUGCAGAAAAUUGCAAGGGAGUGGCGGUGUUGGGUCGCGAUGAGCAGCGGCCGGGACUUCAGCAUGCCAGUUUGGCUUUCGCAGAUUUCAUUAGCAGCAGCAAAAAGCAGCCCCCUGCAGCGCUCCGCCGCGAGCCGCUGCUCUGCGAGGUACCUGCAGCAACAGCAGCAGAAGCAGAAGCAGCAGCAGCAGCAGCAGCAGAAGCAGAAUCACAGCAGCAGCAGCAGCAGCAGCAGCAGCAGCAGCAGCAGCAGCAGCAGCAGCAGCAGCAGCAGCAGCAAACUUAA